AUGGGACCGAAAUAUAGGCACCAAAGUGGUGACAGAAGAGAUCUCAGGAGAAAGCAUUCUGCCUUGUGCUUGGGACAGCUGCUGGGCCCACCAUGGCUCCAGUGAAGAUUAGCCAUGUGGUGUCAUUUUCCUCUCAGGAUCCCAAAUAUCCGGUGGAGAAUUUGCUGAACCCAGACAGUCAGAGGGGACCGUGGCUCAGCUGUCCUCAGGACAAGAGCAGGCAGCUGAAAGUGGAGCUGCAGCUGGAGAGGGCAGUGCCCAUUGGCUACAUCGACGUGGGUAACUGUGGUUGUGCCUUCCUGCAAAUUGACGUGGGUCGUUCCUCCUGGUCCCUGGACAGACCUUUCGUCACCCUGCUCCCUGCAACCAUGCUGAUGUCCCUGGCUGAUUCAAAGCAGGGAAAAAACCGCUCAGGGGUCCGCAUGUUUAAAAAUGGCGAUUUCCUGGCCCCAGCCUCAGGUGAGUCAUGGGAUCGACUUCGCCUGACCUGCUCCCAACCCUUCACACGUCAUCAGCCCUUUGGCCUGGCCUUCCUGCGGGUGUGUUCCUCUCUGGACUCCUUAGACGACCCUGUGGAGGGUCCCUCGGUCGCUGUGAGCUCGGGGCUGAGCCAGGGCUCUUCUGAUGCUCAAGAGUCUGAUCCCAGCCCCUGGCUGGCUAAUCCUUCCAUCCGGAGGACAUUCUUCCCAGAUCCCCAAACGACCACCAAGGAAAUCUCCGAGCUCAGGAAUAUCCUAAAGCAGCUGCAGCCAGGGACUCUGGGGCGUUCAGCCUGCAUGGUGCUUUCAGCCGCCCAUAGGGCACCUCCAGCCCGUGUGGCAGACCCUAAAACCAGCCAUGCAGAACCAGGUCCCAGUCAUCAGGACAGCGCAGAGACCAGAUCAGAGGAGCAGAACAUAGAGAAGGACAUGGGCAGGACAAAGAGGAGGAAAGUAGGAGCCCGCAGGCCUGUAUCCAACUCAAACUCUCGGCCAAACCAGCGGAGGCUAGCAAAGGCAGGCCAGAGAGAACACCUGCGGCCCCAGGCCGGAAGCAGCAGAGUCCAGGAGAGUGGGUGGUGCCCCAUUUGUGCAGGCUCCUUCAGCAUGGACAUGCUUCCCCAGCACGCUGCCACUUGUGGAGGGGCCUCCCCGCCUCCCCCAGCCUCUCCCACCUCAUCACCAUCUUCAUCUCCACACGUACUGUGGGUUUCCUCCCCAGAGAGCUCGCCGCCCAUUUCCUGGGUCCAGUGUCCUAUCUGCGAGUUGCCAUUCUCGGCAGGAGAAAUAGAAGAACAUGCCAGUACAUGCGGGGAGGUCCUUUAGGCCUGAGCCAUGAAGUCCUGCAGCCUUGGCCCCCCCUCCACCGUCUGUGACAGAAAUGGACGAGGGGCUCUCUUGACAGUUGGGAGGGGCUGACGAGGCCAGGCCGCCCCCUGUCCUCCCCACCACUCAUUCCCUUAGGACUCUCCACCUGAGGGCACCUCUGGGCCCAGCCUGCUCCCCACUCCCAGUUGUCAAGGCUUCUGUCACCAUGGCGCCCUACUCUCCCAAGGACAGCUCCAUGUGUCUCUUCUUUGGGACUUCUGGGAUAGAAUUGGUGAGCUCUCAAGGGCUUCAGGACACAAUCCAGAACAUCUUCCCCUCAGUGAGUGAUGUGUAUCCUCGUGCCCAUUUUCUUGAGAGAAAAACUGAGGUCCAAUGAAAAGAAAAGCCCCGCCCAACAGAUAAGAUCCUGUGGUGUCCUGGGGAAAGUGAGUGAUUUUUGAGUAUAAGACUGACCUUCAGUGCCCCAUGAACUGCACUCUUAGUGUCCUUUGGGACUUUCCUCCUUAGGAUAAUCAGGUAACAGUGUUGCUGUGUGACUUUAAGCAAGUUAUUUAUCUUGGGUCCAGAGUUAACCCUCAGUAACAGAAAAAAAAAUUCCCAUCCUCCUGUUGAGUUUUAUGGGAAUCAGACAGACUAAAGACUGAGGAGUGGCUGGCUGUGGAACCUUGGGCGAGUUCCAGGCCACGUCAGCACAUUGGGGCAGUUGGACCAGAAGGUCACUAUGGUCCCUUCCACCUGUGGUUUUCUAAAAUAUAUUCCUGCCAUUUUUGAGCA